AUGGAACAUGUACAUUUAGCUGGUGAUGAAGAAGAUGAUAUGUAUUCAGGGUUUAAUGAUUAUAGUGCUACACUAGAUACAGAGGAUUUGAUGCAUGAUGAAAGUUUUCAAAAGGCAGUACUAAGAACAAGCCAUGGACGUAGACCUCCACCAACAGGAAAAUUUGUUGGUGCUCAAUCUGGUAGAAUGCCAACAGCUGCUAGAGGUAGAGUGGCAUUGCCAUCCUCCAUGGGUAGACCUAUUACUGGAGCAGUCCCUGCAGAUGGAGCUGCUAGACCGAUGACAGCUGUAAGAGCAGCUGGUUAUACUUCAGCUGGUAAUAGAGGUGUAGGAUUUGAUCCAAUGAAUGCUGGAAAAGGACCAGCGCCACCUUUAGAACCCAAACCAGAAGACAGCCCUGAAGAGAAGAUUAAACAACUAGAGAAAAGUGUCAAUAAAUUAAUAGAAGAGAGUUGUUUUGCUAAUAGUAGAGGAGAACUUCAACUGGCAUUAGAGAAAGGUAAAGAAGCAGGAAGAAAAGAAAGAUUAUUAGUAAGACAAAGAGAACAACAAUCUAUGGGAGACUCUAUUAAUCUAGAUUUAACAUAUUCUGUAUUAUUCAACUUAGCUAAUCAAUAUGCUGCCAAUGAAAUGUAUGCUGAAGCUUUGAAUACCUACCAAGUUAUUGUUAAAAAUAGAAUGUUUAGUAAUGCUGGUCGUCUAAAAGUAAACAUGGGUAAUAUUUAUUUUAAACAGAAGAAUUAUCCAAAAGCUGUGAAAUAUUACAGAAUGGCAUUAGAUCAAGUACCUAAUACACAUAAAGAAAUGAGAACCAAGAUAAUGCAGAAUAUUGGAAUAGUAUUUGUUAAGAUGGGACAAUAUCAUGAAGCUAUUACAUCAUUUGAACACAUUAUGUCAGAAUCACCUAAUUUUAAAACUGGCUUCAAUCUGAUAUUAUGUUAUUUUGCACUGGGUGAUCGUGAAAAAAUGAGAAGAGGAUUCCAGAAGUUGUUAGCUGUAGAUUUAAAACUGGAUGAUCAAGAUAAAUAUAUUUCUCAAAAUGAUGAUAAACAGAAUAAUCUGGUAGUAGAAGUUAUAAAGAAUGAUGCUUUAAGAAAAAUUGAAAGAGAAAAGAAAUAUGAAGCUGAACGUUGUUUAAAGUCUGCAGUAAAGAUAAUAUCACCAGCCAUAGAAAACAGUUUCUCAGAGGGCUAUGAUCAAUGUAUUGAACAAGUUAAAAACUCUCAGUUUGUUGAUAUGUCUCAUGAUUUAGAAAUAGAUAAAGCUAUCAUGUUUUUAAAGGAGAAAGAUUUCCAACAGGCUAUUGAAACAUUGAAAUCAUUUGAGAAAAAAGAUUCUAAAGUUGCCAGUACUGCAGCCACUAAUUUAUCAUUCCUAUAUUUCUUGGAAUCGGAUCUCCAACAAGCUGAUAAAUAUGCAGAAUUAGCCAUGACAGCUGAUAGAUACAAUCCUUCAGCACUAGUAAAUAAAGGUAAUGUAUAUUAUCAGAGAAAUGAUUUUGAGAAAGCUAGAGAAAUGUUUAAAGAAGCUAUAGCCAAUGAUUCUUCAUGUGUGGAGGCACUGUACAAUCUAGGUUUAUCCAAUAAGAAACUAACUCGAUUAGAAGAAGCUUUAGAUUGUUUUUAUAAAUUACAUGCUAUUAUGAGAAAUAGUCCACAAGUCUUAUAUCAGAUAGCUGAUAUAUAUGAUCAAAUGGAAGACACAGCACAAGCAACAGAAUGGUUUUUACAGUUAAUUGGUGUAGUACCAUCAGAUGCUAGUGUCUUAGCUAGAAUGGGAGAACUCUAUGAUGCAGAGGGAGAUAAAAGUCAAGCUUUUCAAUAUUUUUAUGAUUCAUAUCGUUAUUUCCCAUCUAAUAUACCAGUUAUAGAAUGGUUAGGAGCUUAUUAUAUAGAUUCACAAUUCUGUGAAAAAGCUGUUCAUUAUUUUGAAAGAGCUGCUAUAGUACAACCUAAUCAAGUAAAAUGGCAGUUAAUGAUAGCAAGUUGUCAUAGACGUAGUGGUAACUAUCAACAAGCUCUAGAAACUUAUAAACAAAUACAUCGUCGCUUCCCAGAUAAUGUAGAAUGUUUGAAGUUUUUGGUGAGAUUAUGUACUGAUCUAGGUUUAAAGGAUGCUCAGGAAUAUGCUACCAAAUUGAAGAAAGCAGAGAAAGCUAAAGAAUUGAAGGAACAGAGAGCUACUAGUGGUACCAGAAGAGGUAGUGGUAGAGAUCGUGAUGGUAGUGCUGGAAGAGGUAGUGCUAGAGGACAAAGAACCAAUAGUGGUAGAACCAGAGGUACUAUACCUGAUGGUGAUGAUGAUGGUUUUGGAAAUUCACAGAGAGAUGUUGAUGCAUCCUAUGCAGAUCCAUUGGGACCACAGAUGGAAAGACCUAAAACAGCAGCUGCUAGACGUAAUCCUAAUGAUGAUGAAUUUGGUGAUGAAGAACUUGGUGAUGACUUGCUACCAGAAUAG